CAUCUGUUUGGCCGGCCCACUGCAGCGAACUGGCAACGCCGAUUUCAACACGUCACCUGUCUUGUGCAAAAUAUGUAAUUUUUAUUGUUUAGGUCUGCGUUUUGUCUGUUUUGUUGGUUUUCCGUGUGCAAGAUGAAGUUCGCCGACGUGCUGCGUCGCCUGGACGCCUAUCCCCGCACCCUGGACGAUUUCAGCGUUCGCACAGUGGGCGGCGCCGCAGUUACGAUCAUCAGUACCAGCAUUAUAAGCCUGCUGAUCUUCCUCGAGGUUCUCAACUAUAUGCAGCCGACGCUAAAUGAAGAGCUCUUUGUGGACACCACUCGGGGUCACAAGCUGAGAAUAAAUCUGGACGUGACACUUCAUAAUCUGGCGUGCAAUUACAUCUCACUGGAUGCAAUGGAUUCAUCCGGGGACACACACUUGAGGGUGGACCACGAUGUCUUCAAGCACCGGCUGGACCUCAAUGGGGAACCCCUCAAGGAGACGCCCAUCAAGGAAAUCGUUGCUGUUUCGCCGCCCAAUAAGAAUGUCACCUGCGGCAGUUGCUACGGAGCGGAGCACAAUGCUACCCACUGCUGCAACACGUGCGAGGAAGUUCUCGACGCCUACCGGCUGCGCAAAUGGAACGUGGCGGUGGACAAGAUCGAGCAAUGUAAGGGCAAGUACAAGCGUAGCGACGAGGACGCGUUCAAAGAGGGCUGCCGCAUCCAGGGCCACCUGGAAGUGAACCGCAUGGCCGGCAGCUUUCACUUUGCGCCCGGCAAGAGCUUCUCCAUCCGCCAGUUCCACAUCCACGACUUUCAAUUUAGCAAUGUAAAGUUAUCGCACACAAUCAAUCAUCUAUCAUUCGGCGAGAAGAUCGAGUUCGCCAAGACGCAUCCCUUGGACGGAUUGCGAGUGGAAGUGGCUGAAACCAAGAGUGAAAUGUUCAAUUACUAUUUAAAAAUUGUGCCCACGUUGUAUAUGCGGGGAAACAGUGACGGCGAGCCCAUAUACACGAAUCAAUUCUCCGUCACGCGAUACCGGAAAGAUCUAUCAGAUCGCGAGCGAGGAAUGCCGGGCAUAUUCUUCAGCUACGAGCUCUCGCCGCUGAUGGUGAAAUAUGCGGAAAAGCGCAGCUCCUUUGGUCACUUUGCCACAAAUUGCUGUUCCAUCAUCGGAGGCGUGUUCACAGUGGCCGGCAUUCUCGCCGUGCUGCUGAACAACUCGUGGGAGGCCCUUCAGCGGAAACUGGAAGUGGGCAAGCUCAGCUAACAACCAUUUGAAUCUCUUGUGCAGCUUUACUACGCCUAACUCAAUACACAUUCGACAAAUCUCCAAAUAAAAGUGCUUAAUUUUAUAGAAAG